UUUUUGUUAAGGUUUUGAAACGUCAUUUGGCUGCCUGGGGCAGCACUUCCUCAGUGCAAAUUGCCUAGUAGCAGAGCCAUCAAUGGAACAGAACAAGAACAACAAGCUAGGGGACAGCGAGCUGGAAAGAGAUGCAGGUGAUAGUUGAGCUUACAGUGACUCCAGAUAUUCCAGAUUUCAACAAUGUCAUUUGCUGUCGUUUAAUUUCCGCGUUAACGAAUGACGUUAGUUCUAAUAGUUAUAAGUGCUUAAGAUUCUUCUAUUGCUUCUGCAGUGAAGAAACGACCCACAUCGUUCUUGAUACUGAGAGAAUUAUUGUGGAAGUGGAAAAAAGACCAGCGCUGUAUAAUAAAGAACUGAAAGAAUACAGCGAUAGAAAUGCGAAAGAGAAAUUAUGGACAGAAGUAUGCGCAAAUGUAAUACCAAAAUGGCAUGAACUAUCAGGUGCAGAAAGAAAAGACAGAGGGAAAGAAGUUCAAAAAAAGUGGAAGAAUCUGAAAGAUUGUUUUGCGAGAGAGCUUGCUGCUCAGAAAAAAAUCAAACCUGGUGAGCCUGCAAAAAAACGUCGAGAAUAGAUCUAUUUCGACGCAUUACUAUUUUUACUUCCUCACCAACAACCCAGGACAACAAGUGGCAAUGUAGGGCCUCCAGGCGAUAAGGUAGAACUGUUAGACCAUAAUAAAGGACCUAGAAACGAUGAUGGAGAGCUUUCAAACGAUCAUGGAGGUCCCAGGAACAACAACGAGGAGACUCCACGUUCUUUACCCUCUGCAAAACCUACACAGAGGACACCACGCAUUCUUUCCAGCAAAUCUUCUUAUCAAAUAUCCACAUAUGAGGCUUCGUUAUUAGAGAUUUUAAAGAACAAACAAACGGAGGAAGUUUCAGAGGAUAAAAACUUUGCUCUUAUGUUAUUUCCUAUGUUGGCCAAACUAAACGAUGAGCAAAAACAUUUUGCCAAAAUUGAAAUACUAAAUGUGAUGAGAAAUGCAAAAUUCUAUACACAGCCUGGGCCAUCAACACAAACUAACUUCCAUCAGUAUUUCCAUCCAGGCCCACAUAAUAUGCAGCAUCCACCCUCUGUAAGUUUGCCAGCAAGUUCGCCUCAGUUUUACAACCAGUCUGAUAAAAACUCUUCCCUCCAGACCUACUAUUCGGAAUUUUCGAAUAAUUUUGAGUCAUCAAGAGAUUAUGAUAGCGAAUUAUAUGACUUGUAAUCAUAAUGUAUUAAUAAACUAAAAGGAAUAAAUUACUUUGCGAUUGUUCUUAUUUAC